GGACCAGCCGGGAGCGGCCGGGGGGACCAGCCGGGGGGACCAGCCGAGGGCGGCCGGGGACGGAGCCCGGCCGGCGGCCCCUCCAUGGCCGGAGCCGCGAUGGCCGAGCCGGGCCGCGCGCCGCCCGCCGCGCCCGCCGCGCCGGAGCCGGGCACCGAGGGGCUGCCGCGCGCCUUCCUGCAGAGCCUGCGCACGCUCUUCGACAUCCUGGACGACCGGCGGCGCGGCUACGUGCACCUGCGCGAGAUCGAGUCCCGCUGGCGCGGCGCCGACGCGCGCGAGCUGCCCCGCGGCGUGCUGGAGGGCCUGCGGCGGGCGGCCCCGGCCAGCGGCUACCUCACCUUCGAGCGCUUCGUGGCCGGCCUGCGCGCCUCGCUGGGCGGCGCCGACGGCGGCCCGCGGGGCCCGGCGCGCGCCCCGGCCCGGGGAGGCGGCCCCGCGCGGCCCGGGCCCCCGCAGCCCCCGCAGCGCCUGGCGUUCCCGGCCGCCGAGGAGCCGCGGACCCUCCUGGAGCGGAAGCCCCUGCCGCUGGGCGCGCGCCCCCCGGCGGCCGGCCCCGGCGGCGCGGCCCGGAGCCCGGAGAGGCUGUGCGCCCCGGCGGAGGCGGCGCCCGGCGGCCCGGAGCCCGAGCGGCCGCAGGGCGCGGCGCUGGAGCGGAGCCCGAGCGCGGACGCGGGUGCAGGGACCUGCAGGGCCUGGGAGCUGGGCAUGGGGGACCCCCGGCGGGCCCCCCGAGCCCGGGGCGAGCGUCGGAGGCACACCAUCACCAACGGAGUGGACUGUGAGCUGCUGAAGCAGAUGGCGGAGCUGGAGCAGGAGAAGGAGGUGCUGCUGCAGGGCCUGCAGAUGAUGGCCCGCGGCCGCGACUGGUACCAGCAGCAGCUGCAGCGCGUGCAGGAGCGCCAGCGCCGCCUGGGCCAGCGCCGGGCCAGCGCCGAGUUCGGGGCCGAGGGGAGCCCCCGCCCGCUGGGGCAUCUGCUGCCCAAGGUGCAGGAGGUGGCCCACUGCCUGGGGGAGCUGCUGGCCGCGGCCUGUGCCGGCACGGCUGUGCCCUCGGCCUCCUCGGGGCCCCCGGACCCUGCCCCAGCCCCCGCCUCCCCCCCGGCGCCCGGCUGGCAGCAGCAGACCAUCCUGAUGCUGAAAGAGCAGAACCGGCUGCUCACACAGGUGAGGAGGUGACGGACAAGAGCGAGCGCAUCACGCAGCUGGAGCAGGAGAAGUCGGCGCUCAUCAAGCAGCUGUUCGAGGCGCGAGCCCUCAGCCAGCAGGACGCCGGGCCCCUGGACUCCACCUUCAUCUGAGGCCGGACACUGGCCCGGCAGAGCCCCUCGGCCCCGGCCUCGCAGGCUGACGGCCACCCGCCGGCCUGGACACGGCUCUCCUGCCUCCCAGGCUGGGCCCCCAGCCUCAGGUGGAGCCGGCAGGGGCCUGCUCUAGGACGCCCGUCCAUCCUGGCCUGGGACGGGGGCUGACCUGGGCCAGGGCUCCAUGUGGGGGCUCAGCCUGAGGCUGCUGCUCCCCCUUUCUCGCCGUCCGACCCACGGACCCUCCUCCCGGUGUCCAGGUGUCCAGCCUGCCUCGUGUUUACAGCUGGCCUGUCGCCCCGCCCUCUGGCAUCUCCAGUAAAAGGUCCUGUUCACGCGGGGCUGCACUUCUGACAGCAGCCAGCAGAGGGCACCACUGCAUGCUGGUCAUGGAUCCUGAAGUUCCCCCCCCCCACCCUCCUGAGGUCUCACGUGGGAGCUGGGAGUAGGGGUCCUCGGGGUGUGGGCUGGGGCACCUGAGGGCCAAGCAGGUGACCUCUCUCAACCCAGGACACCCAGACUAGGGGGCCAGCCCCUCAACAGGAACAGAUGGAGGGAGUGGGGAUGGUGCUGAUGGGGCAUGGGGUCUGCCUGUACCUGGUUCCAGGGACCCUGGGAUGGAUGAAGGUGCCUGGGGUGGGGCCUGCUUGUCCCUCCACACAGACUUCGGGCCCCAAAUCAACAUGGCUCAGCCGUCAUCCCUUCUGGCCAAGACUCAACCCAGACAAGCCCACAGAGCUAUCUGACCCGGCUCAGGGCCUUGGGGUCCCCAGACACCCUGGCCAGGGCAAGCUGUGGUCACCAGCGGCUCCGGUGGGGGAGGGGAGGGCCUUGGAAUCCCAGCUGUGGCCUCCUUCCCACCCAGCUUGGCCCAGGUGUGGGCUGGAAGACCUAAUGUCACUCAGAAAGGGGAGCUCGGGACUCAGACAGGCUGGGACGGUCCUCCCAGGGGGGUGGGGAGCCGGUCUGGAGGGCGGGACAGGCUCCAGCGGGCACCCAGGCAGACAGGGCACCUGUGCCAGCCAAGAGGGCCUGCCUGCGGGGCUCCCCAAAUCUUCCUCUCCCGUGGUUCUUGGAUCUGCCCCUCCCUUCCUCCCUCUCAUCCCAUGGCCAGUCCCCCAACCGAGCCCAGGCCUGAGCCUGAGCCUGCCCUCCCUGGGGGUCCCUCUGCUCCCCAAAUGCAGCCUGUGACGCUUCCAGAACGGAAGCCCACGGUCCCCUGCCCUGAGUCCUCUCCUGACCCCGGCACCUGCACACCCAGGCCCCAGGGCUGCAGCCUGGAGCCCAUGCCCAACCCUCUGGUUCUGUGCUGCCUGCCUCCCACCCAUGGGCUUGGCU